AUGGAAGGUGAAAGAAACUUAAGGAAUUUUAAGAAAUACCAAACAAUGUUGAUAAAUACCUGUUUGGUUUUAGUUUUAACCUUUACUCCCUUGACUCGUUCUGGACAUGUUCAGACAGUGUGGAUGGCCCCCAGGGACACCCCGCCCUCCUCGGUCAUCUUCGUAAACGCCUCUACCUCCGUAGGAGCUCUAGCAUACGCCGUGGAAAAUAUUUACAAUGCCGGGAUAUUACCCAGAGGGCUCUUUGAUAUCAUAUGGAUAGAUUCUGGCUGUGACAGUAAACUGAGCAUUGGGAAAUUUACAGAUUUUUUGUUUCAUAACAGAGUGGACGUCAUAUUUGGUCCACCAUGUACGAAAGCCAUGAUCCCGAUUGAGUUGGCGGCCUAUAGAGAUAUUCCUGUCUUUGGUUGGUUGUCCAAUGAAGAAACCCUUGACGACAAGAGUAAACUACAGACACUGGUCAGAUCCAUCGCCCCUCUCUCAGCAAUAGGAAACAUCCUCACUAUCUUUUUAUCCGGAUUCUUCUGGGUUCGGGUGAUUGUCAUAUCUUCUGUGGAUUCCGAAUGUGAGGCAUACGCAAAUGCGUUCAUCUCGGAAAUCGAGAAUCCAUACUGGUCCUCGUUCGGAUUUUCCCUCGCUCAUCACUACGCACGCGUAAAUCUUAAUGCUACUGAUUCGACAAUAGACGAGAUAUACUCUGCCAUCAAGUACGAGGGAAGAAUUAUCAUCCUAAUUGUUCCUGAGUCCGAGCUCCGUACUUACAUGAUCCGGGCUCAUGCUCAAGGAAUGGCUAGCGGAGACUAUCAGUUUCUGUUUAUCAAGACUACUUUGCUGUCAAAUGAAGAAUUAGCGGAUGUAGAAAGCACUGCAUUAUGGGAAUAUGGAGACGCGAAUGACAACGCGGCCCGCCAGGGAUUUGAAAAUCUUCUUUACUUGUCUUUUGGUGACGCGUUGGCAGGAAACUCAACGUCUACCUGGUCAGCUGAAGCCUAUGCAGCUUACCUGUCCUUGAAAUCGACAUUUCCUUCUUUGCCUGAUUGGGCACAGCCUGAUAUUUACUCACCAUUUCUCUACGAUGCCGUGUACCUCUACGCCCUAGCAUUGCGGAACAAUGGAGGCGACCCAGCUACAGUGAAUGGCUCCACUAUUAGACAGUCGCUAGAAAACUUUAAUCUCAAAGGUCUUUCGGGAGAUGUGGUGAUGUCAAGUAAUUCCGAUCGUUAUGGUUCAAUAACUGUCUACGAUCUCUCGGAGUCUGGGAAUUUUACUACUGUGGCCUACUACAGAAUGACAAUUGUUAAUGGCUCUAUUCUUCCGGAUAGCGACAUCACCUAUUUCCGGUGGGGAGACGGGACGACCAGUAAUGACCGUAUCCCGUUGGACACGCCCACUUGUGGUUUCUUCAAUGAGAAAUGCCCAGUACCUCCAGGAUCGUCCUCUGAUCUCGCCGUAUACAUUGGUGUGUCAUUAGCAGCCAUGGUUCUAGCAAUGAUGAUGUUGUUGGCCUACAGGAUAUGGAAGAGACAGAAAGACCUUCAAAAUGUGGUCUGGAAAAUUCAUUUCAAAGACCUAGACUUCUUUGUAGGGAAGCAGGUUCGGUCUUUCAUGAACUUGUCCCGAAAUGACAGUAGUAGUGAUUUGGCAGUAAGGAAAAACAGCGUAGGAACCGCGUCUAUACCACACCACCGUCGGAUGAGCAUCACCAGCCGCUCAGAGAAAGGGACGGAAUACACGGGAGGAACCACGAACGCCGACACGUUAUCCAUGGACAACAACGUCAUACAGAACUCCAAAAUCACCGUGGCCAGAUACAGAGGGCGACUCGUGGCACUGAAGUCUCUCAGGAAAAAGAAGUUCAAAACAGACGGGGUGAAGUUCCUCAAAGAAAUGAAAGAGGUCAUUGAAUUCAAACAUGCAAACAUUGCCGCUAUGCUGGGUAUAUGUACUGACUCGGAGAUUCCUUGCGCUGUUUGGGAGUACUGUUCCAAAGGAAGCGUUCAGGAUGUGAUCAUUAAAUUGGAUACAAUGUUUAAAAUAUCUAUUGCUGUUGAUAUAUGCAAGGGCUUGUCAUACCUUCAUAAGAGCGACCUACGUUUCCAUGGUAAUAUGAAGAGUUCCAACUGUUUGAUUGACAACCGCUGGGCGUGUAAACUUACAGACUACGCUCCUCGUCAUCUGCAAGGGGAAGACAUCGACAGAGAAAAAGAAGAGGACGAUGGGAAAUACGCAGCUUUACUGUGGACAGCCCCAGAACUCCUGAGAAAGAUCAUUCCUACUGGGAAACGAUUUGGAUCUGCUGCCGGUGACGUGUACGCCUUCGCCAUUAUUGCCAAGGAGCUCAUCUGUAGAGACAAACCUUACUCCAUGGAGAGCCAUCUUACUGCUGAAGAAAUCAUUAAUAAAGUAAUGAAUGACAACGAAGCCAAGCGUUUUAGACCAUCUUUCCCUCAAGAAUUGGACGGCAUCCAAACAGCGAAACAAAGCUACGCCAUAAAGAAGCUAAUACAAAGCUGCUGGAUAGAGGACCCAAUGAUGAGACCAACAGUGAAAACAAUUCUGAAAACACUAAACAAAAUCAACCCCUACAAAAAUUCUAAUGUGAUUGAAAACAUGGUUGUGAUGAUGGAGAAAUAUUCAAAUCAGUUGGAGGAGAUUGUAGCAGAGAGAACCGAACAGCUUCAGGAGGAAAAGAGAAAGACAGAUGCACUUCUUUUCCGUAUGCUUCCAAGAAAAGUGGCUGAGGAAUUAAAACUAGGUAAACCUGUGGCCGCCGAAAAUUUUGAGUCCGUGACGAUUUAUUUUUCCGACAUUGUCGGCUUUACGAAUUUGGCUGGAGGUAGUACGCCAAUGCAGGUUGUUGAUUUGCUGAAUUCUCUAUACACACUUUUUGACGAUAUCAUCGAACAUUAUGACGUUUACAAGGUAGAAACCAUAGGUGAUGCAUACAUGAUAGUAAGCGGUCUCCCAGAACGGAACGAAAAUAAUCACGCCAACGAAAUGGCCAAAGUGGCGUUAGAGCUAUUAGAUGGGGUCAAACAUUUCCAAAUACCACAUAAACCAACCGAGCAACUGCAGAUUAGAAUUGGUCUCCACUCCGGUUCUGUUUGUGCUGGGGUGGUGGGGUUAACCAUGCCUCGGUAUUGUCUGUUUGGGGAUACAGUCAACACGGCCUCCAGGAUGGAAUCUAAUGGCCUGGCUCUAAAAAUCCAUAUAAGUUCAACGACAGCAGAUUUAUUAAAGCGAGAAAACUGUUACAAGAUAGUGGAGCGAGGAAAACUAGAAGUAAAGGGCAAAGGUUCUAUGACCACGUACUGGUUAGAAGGUCGUAUCGCAGCAGAAAUUCCAGAAUCUUCUUCUGGGGGUGUAUCUCUGUCGGAUUUUAAUGCCUUAAACAUACAGACUGAUAGCGUGAAUGAUCCGGGCAAUUCUAGGGUGUCGGAAAACGACGACGAGGUGGGAGAGGAUGAACCAUCUAUAAAAUACGUAUCAUUUCUGAACAUGCCUUCUCUACCUAAUGCUGCAGACAUAAGCAGCAGUGACUCUGGGCUUUUAGAGCUGUUUGAUAGUGAACCCGAGGAUUUCACAUCAACGUGAUCUUUUUUAUUAAGUGCUCUUCAAUAAUUUAUUAUGCACAUAUGUUUAAUGAUUGCCGUAUUAAUUAAUAUUUGUAUGCAAUUGAUGUUAAUAUUGUUUCUUGUGCAA